AUAAAUUUAAUUCCAAAUCAUAGAAAAAUAGCUCAACAACAAAGAAGAGCUAGAGAAAAAGAAAAUGAGUUCACAUUAGAAAUACAAAACUUAAUUAAAACAAAUUCACAACUAAGAAAGAGUAGUAAUAUCUUACCUCCAAAUUCUCAAGAACGUGCAACACGUGAACCUUUAACCAAGUUAAAUCCUGAACAAAUAACACAAUCAAAAAAGAGAGCAAGAGAACAAACUGAAACAGUACAACAUAAUCUAGGUGAUAUGAAUGUUGAAUGUAAAGUUGUAUUAUCAAUUCUUCAAGAUCCUCCACCUUUUUUACAACAACUUUUUGAAAAUCAGGAUGAAUCUCAUGCUUUUACUUCUCUUGAAGUAAAUAUUAAUAAAUCUAUUCUUAAUGAUCAUGGACCAUACAGUUUUCGUGUUAAUGGAGAAUUAUGUCAUUAUAUGGGUUCUCUUCUUCCAGAAUUAAAUAAUAAAGCUAUAUAUGCUCAACUUUAUAUUCAUGAUUCAGAUCUAGCUCAUAAUAUAAGAAUGGAAAAUAAUAAAACUUUAAAUGUAGAUACAAUGUGGAAAAUACAAGAACUUUUAUAUGAAAAUCAUACCUUUUAUCCUUUAUAUAAGCAAGCACAUGAAAUACUUCAACAAGCUGAAGAAAAAGGAGAAACAUCAAAAGAUCUAACAGCCUAUCUUCAUUUUAGAAAAUCAACUGAUAAACGUUGUUACAACCUUCCAACUGCAAAUGAAAUUGCUAUAAUUUUACCUGGUUCACUUCAACGAAUUCAUGAAGGACAUCCAGCAUAUUUACCACUUCAUUACGUUUUACUUUUUACAUAUGGUGAACUUGGAUGGCAUUCUGAAAUGAAUCAUACUUUAGUAAAUUCAAUGGGACAAAUUUCAAAUAAUCAAGAUGAUAGUUCACGACUUACUCAAAAAGAUUUUUAUUCUUUUCGUCUUUUUCCACGUCACAAUGAAUUUUCAACUAUUCUUCAUGGUAAAAAAUUACUUCAAGAAUUUAUGGUUGAUGUAUGGGUUGCAACUGAACAAAAUAGAUUAAGAUUUUUAAGAAUGAAUCAAAAUACUUUACGUGCAGAUGUCUAUUAA